AUGAAGAAGAAGAAAGAAAAUUAUGGGACAAAACAAAGAAAAUGUUCAAUUACGGAUAAAAUAUACUAAACCAUGACUAUGGAUAAAAUUGAAUACAACGAUCAUGAAUAAGAUUUUGUUUUAAAAAUAAUCCGUCAAUUACUUCAAUAUGUGCAUAAAAUUGGGACAUAUUGA